GGGUCAUUCACAGUCUUGCUGCUCCACUCUGACGGCGUGUGCUGGAGGGGAAGGGUGUAGCAGCAUAUGACUACAGUCUUAUUAAAGAACAAACGUCCUAAUCAAGAUCGUUUUCAGAUAUAGUAGAGAGGAUUCUCACGAAAAUCACCCCGACAUAUACAGGAACCGUGAGUUCAAGUGCCAUAAGGUGUCGGUGACUGUUGAUUAGCGGCUGCGUUAGCUGUUGUGCUAACACCUCGUUUACAUCCACCGUCAUCAGACAGCAUCAGUCCAGCACCAGACCCACCACUUGCUGCACUCCUGCGAGCUUCCCUCACGCUUUAGGCAUCCGUUAUUGAGUUGAUUUGCCCACACUGGAAAGGUUGUCGAAGUUGAACCCCUCCCUGUGACUUCUGUGCUCCCCCGUCACCUUUGCCCCCCUCUUUCACCCGAAACACUGGACACACACAAGCGGCCGGAGAACGGCGAGAGGCCCGUGAAGCUGGGGGUGAUACCGGACUCGCACGCUGUCGGAGAAAGGCACAGUCGUGGGGACGCGCCGACGAACAUGGACGGGUUGGCGGUGGAGGUGCGCGGCUCCAACGGGGCCUUCUACAAGGGUUUCAUCAAGGAUGUACACGAAGACUCCCUCACAAUAGUCUUUGAAAACAAUUGGCAACCGGAGAGACAGCUGCCGUUCAGUGACGUGAGGUUGCCGCCCCCACCCGAUUACCACAAGGACAUUUGUGAGGGUGAUGAGGUGGAGGUUUACUCCAGAGCCAAUGAGCAGGAGCCCUGCGGCUGGUGGCUGGCGAGAGUGAGGAUGAUGAAGGGAGAGUUCUAUGUGAUCGAGUAUGCAGCCUGUGAUGCCACAUACAACGAAAUUGUCACAUCAGAACGAAUCCGUCCAGUCAAUCCUAACAGCCCCUCCUCUCAAAACUCCUUCUACAAAGUCCCCAUCGCUGUACCCGAGGAUCUCAGAGACAUCUGUUUAACUGAGAACAUCCACAAAGACUUCAGGAAAGCAAUUGGAGCCAACUGCAUCUUCUACAACACCUGCACACACCAACUAAUUGUCCUGUCCAUAAAUGAGUCCACGGUGAAGCGAGCAGGCCUACUAAGUGACAUGCAUUUCCGGAGUAUUCGCACCAAACUCAUGCUGAUGUCCCGUAACGAGGAGGCCACCAAACACUUAGAGACAAGUAAACAACUGGCGUCUGCGUAUCAGGAGGAAGUGAGGGUGCGUGAGGAUCUAAUGGGUCUGGCCAUUGGUUCUCACGGCGCCAACAUCCAGCAGGCCCGCAAAGUUCCCGGCGUCACUGCCAUUGAGCUGGAAGAAGAGAGUUGCACAUUCAGGAUCUACGGAGAGACCCCAGAGGCAGUAAAGCAGGCCAGAACUUAUCUAGAGUUUAAAGAGGAUUCCUUCCAGGUUCCAAGGAAUCUCGUAGGCAAAGUUAUUGGCAAAAACGGCAAAAUUAUCCAGGAAAUAGUAGACAAAUCAGGUGUGGUUCGGGUCCGGAUCGAAGGGGACAAUGAUAAAAAGCUGCCCAGGGAGGAGGUAGGCAGGCAGGGGGCUGGCAGAGACAACAUUGUCAGCAGCCAAGAGGGAAUGGUUCCGUUUAUUUUUGUUGGAACCAAAGAGAACAUCAGUAACGCCCAGGCCUUGCUCGAAUACCACGUGGCCUACCUUCAGGAGGUGGAGCAGUUGCGUCUCGAGCGUCUACAGAUUGAUGAACAGCUCCGACAGAUUGGGGUGGGAUAUCGUGCACCCCCCAGCCGCUCUGGUUCAGGGGCCGCCGGCGAGCGUGAACGAGGCUACCUCACGGACGAGAGCACCAACUCUCUGCAGGCCACACGCACCUACGGAGGAAGAGGACGUGGGCGAAAAUCUAACAAUACAUACUCUGGCUAUGGUGAGACUACAACUCCCAUGAUGCUCCUCUGUCUUGGACAGUCUUUACAAUCGUUAAGUCUGACGUCAAGUGUGGGAUUAAAUUCGCACCAAUAGUCUUGCGGUCAUGGAUCACUGAAUGUAUAAUUUCUGCAUUGACUACAAUAGUGUUAAAGAGGAGAUAGUUACAGAAACCAGGUGGAUUUGAUAUUCAAUGAUUUAUUCACACACUUACUGUUUAUUUACAUAACUACAUAAUUGCACAAUACUAUAAGAUUAAUGUUUUAAAUAUAGCUUUAAAAACAAAAUUAUAGAUCAGGGAUAGGCAACAUCAGUUCUGGAGUGCCGCUGUCCUGCAGAGUUUAGCUCCAACCCUGAUUUAAAAAAAAAAAAAAAAAAAAAAAAAAAAAAUUGACACCCGUCUAUAGUAUUAAUAAUCCUGAAGACACUGAUUAGCUGGUUCAGGUGUGUUUGAUUAGGGUUGAAGCUAAACUCUGCACUCCAGGACCAACAUUGCCCAUCCAUGUUAUAGAAAUAUGAAUUUAAAUGGCCAGCAGGUGGUGGAAAGUUACUGUCUUUAUGAGUGAGUCUUUCAUUUAAACGUCUCAUUCAAAAUGUGGAUUCAUUAACGAAGCACUGCUGUUGCUCAGAGGCGAGCGACACAGUUCUGCUGUUUGAUGCUCCUUUCAUCAAAAUGCAAAAACGCACUCAUAAUUAACAUAUUGCUAUAUUGAUUUAUUUAACAGCUAAUCUAAUAUUGGGGAAAACACUCUUGCUGGUGUGAUUUAACUGGUGUGAUUGCAAUUGCUUAAAGAGUUAGUUCACCCAAAAAUGAAAAUUGUCAUUAAUUACUCACCCUCGUGCCGUUUUAUACCCGUAAGACCUUUGUUGAUCUUUAGAACACAAAUUAAGAUAUUUUUG